AUUAUGAAACGGCUGGAAUAAUUUAUGAGGUACUCCGUAUUAUCACCCAACCUGCCUGUGUGCCUGCAGUCCUAUCUUCUACAGUAGUUCCACUCUCUCCAGUAGUCCAGUUCUCCUCUAUCCUGUUCGCGGGUGAAACUGAAAUUCUGUUGCCCAAAUUUCAAAUAUCUUUCAGACUGACAAAUUUGAAAAUAUUGUGUAAGUCCCCAUUUCUUAUUCUUAUCUAUCUCUUUUAUCUUUCUUCUAUAAUCAAGAACCAGUUUUAUUCAAAUUUUGAUAUAUUCCAUUAUAGAACUGUUCAAUUAUAAUCAUAAGAGUGACUUUUUCUGCCAAAAGUUCCAAUUUUGUAAUAUAGAUAAGGUAGAAAUGGAUGUAUUAUCAAGUGGAUUUUAUGGUGAAACAUGUUUAAAACCCUUGUUUUUGAAUGAGAAAUCUAGUUCAAAGUUGGGUAGAAUAAGAAAUGGAGUUUUGGAUAGAAAGGUGGAAAUUGGGUGUUUUGGUAGAAAUUAUGAGGGUUUUAGGAAAAUUGGUGUUUUUGCUGUUAAGGCUAUAGAUGAGAAGCAACAAGAGCCUGAAGUAGAUGAUUGGAAACUUGAAUUUUUAGGGAAACGCCGCCCUUUAGGUUCCAAACCCCUCGAAAAGAAGAAACCGGGGAAAUCGAGGUUGUUGGGGGAUUCAGAUAGUAUGGAUUGGUGUGUGAGGGCAAGGAAAGUUGCAUUGAAAUCGAUUGAGGAUAGAGGGAUGGCGCGAGUAAUGGAGAAUAUGGUUAGUCGAAAGGUGAAAAAGAAGAAAAAGAAUAAGAAAAAUAAGAAGAUAAUAGACAAGAAAGUUAAGGUAGAUGAGGAGGACUUUGAUUUUGAUUCUGAUGAUGAGGAUGAUGUGAGCCCUGUAGAUAAUGUGGAUCACCUACGCAGUGCGGUUGGUAUGCUUGGGGAUGGGAUGUUUGAGGAGAAAAAGAAGGAAACAAUGGAGACAUUUAUUCAGAGGUUGUCACAGUUUAGUGGUCAGCCGUCUGACCGGAAAAAAGAGGUUAAUUUAAAUAGAAUGGUUGUAGAUGCCCAAACAGCACAAGAGGUGUUGGAGGUGGUUUCUGAGAUGAUUGUUUCUGUUGGAAAAGGCUUGAGUCCUUCCCCGCUCUCUCCGUUGAAUUUAGCUACUGCUAUUCAUAGGAUUGCUAAGAACAUGGAGAAAGUGUCGAUGAUGGAAACUCGAAGGUUGGCCUUUGCCCGUCAAAGGGAGAUGUCUAUGCUUAUUGGUAUUGCGAUGACUGCAUUGCCAGAGUGCUCAGCACAAGGUAUUUCGAAUAUUGCAUGGGCGUUGUCCAAGAUUGGAGGUGACCUUCUGUAUAUGACGGAAAUGGAUAGAGUUGCAGAGAUUUCCAUGGCCAAAGUUGGCGAGUUUAAUUCCCAAAAUGUGGCUAAUGUUGCUGGUGCAUUUGCCUCAAUGAGACACUCUGCACCAGAUCUCUUUGUAGAGUUGUCUAAGAGAGCUUCUGAGAUAAUUCAUACUUUUCAUCCGCAAGAGCUUGCUCAAUUGCUGUGGGCUUUCGCUUUCUUAAAUGAACCAGCUGAUCAUUUGCUUGAAGCUUUAGACAAUAUGUAUAAGGAUCAAGAUCAGUUUCAAUGCAGAUCAAUUAGGGGUUCAUUAAGUCAUGAUGAAGCUGAAAUUGCUAAUUCUGUAGGUUCGAAUCCUCUUAUCCUUAGAUUUAAUAGGGACCAGCUUGGAAAUAUAGCUUGGUCUUAUGCUGUUCUUGGUGAGAUGAACCGCAAUUUCUUUUUUAAUGUGUGGAAAACUCUGCAAAAUUUUGAGGAAGAAAGAAUUACAGAUCAGUACAGGGAGGAUGUUAUGUUUGCAUCUCAAGUCUAUUUGGCAAAUCAGUGCUUGAAAGUUGAGUACUCUCAUCUUCAGCUCUCUUUAAGGAGUGAUGUCGAGGAGAAGAUUGCUCGUGCUGGGAGAACUAGGAGAUUUAAUCAAAAGGUUACGUCAUCAUUCCAAAAAGAGGUUGCUCGUUUACUUUUCAGCACUGGGCUUGAAUGGGUGAGAGAAUAUGAAUUGGAUGUGUACACAUUAGAUGCAGCCUUAAUUGACAAGAAAGUGGCUCUUGAAAUUGAUGGACCUACUCAUUUCUCCAGAAAUUCAGGAGUCCCUCUUGGAAAUACUGUGUUGAAACGGCGAUAUGUUGCUGCUUCUGGUUGGAAUCCUGUGUCAGUUCCUCAUCAAGAAUGGGAAGAACUCGAAGGAAGUGUUGAGCAAGAAGAAUACUUGAGACAAAUUUUGAAGGAUUAUGUUGGUUGAGAUUGUACUUGAUCCUGGGGUCAAAGCAGCAAUUGUCAAGUACCAAGCAAUCUGGGAUAACAUUACAUGAUUUACUCGUUUGAAAAUUAGUCAAUUUUAAUCAAGUCAAUUUUUGUAUAUUAAUGCUCAUAACAUUUGUAAUUAUGGUUUACUACUUGUAAAAUUGAUUAUAUUUUAUAGGAUCUUUAUCUACUCAUUAGCUUUGAAUUCCACCAAUGUUUACACUUGAUUAGACAUAUCAACCUUGAUUAGUCCUAAA